AUGAAUUUAUUUCGCACUGCUGUUCGUCGAUACUCUACAAUGAAUAUCUCCAAGAUUUCCACAGAAUGUUCGCCUUUCACCCAGGCUGUGGUGACUUCCAUGAGGAAGCUAUAUCCAGAGGCAUUGGCAGACAAGAGCUUUGAUAACACGGGAUUACUUCUCGAAGCUCCGUUGGACCCAUCUCGGCGGCAAAAGAACUCAGCCCUUCUAACCAUUGACCUCACCAAAGCCGUCGCAGACGAAGCAAUCAAAAACCAAAACUCGGUUAUCGUCGCUUAUCACCCAAUCAUCUUCCGCGGUCUCAAGUCCCUCACCUUCGCCGACUCCCAGCAAAAGUCUCUCCUUCGCCUAGCUCAGCAUGGAAUCAGCGUCUACUCCCCACACACAGCCGUCGACACAGUCCCGGGCGGUAUGGCCGACUGGCUCUGCGACGUAGUGACAGGCAAUUUCAACGCUCAGCCCUCCAAAGCAACUACCAGCGAAUGCCAGUCAACCAUGUACACUGCCCCGAGCUAUCCAGAAUCACCUAUCCCCACAACAAACGUUAACCCCCAACACCCACCCCACAGCAGAAGCACAAUCCACCCCUCCCCGGCAGCCUCAAUCCCCGAAGGCUUCGAGUCAGCCGGUGCCGGCCGUCUAGUCACCUUCGAGACACCCCAGUCGCUGACAAGUCUGAUUGACAACGUCGCCCGCGGUAUCGGCAUGCCUGGUGGAAUCCCCAUUGCCAUCCCGCAAGGUAGCUCAGUUGACCAGAUCCGCAUCCGCACAGUAGGCAUGUGUCCUGGGUCUGGAUCUGGUGUUCUCAUGCGUGGUGGCGAAAUCCCCGAUCUUCUCCUGACCGGUGAAAUGAGCCACCAUGAGGCCCUGGCUGCGACGGAGCGAGGCUCGGUCGUCAUCUCACUUUCCCACACUAAUUCUGAGCGCGGAUAUCUGCGCUCGGUUAUGCACCCUAAGUUGUUGGAGGAGGUUAAGCAGUGCUGGAAUGCAUUGCAUGGCGAGGCUGUGAAGGAUGGAAGUCCUUCUCUUGAGGCUGACUUGGUUAAGGUGCAUCAUACUGAGGGCGAGGUGCAAGUUUCAGUCAGUCAGGCUGAUCGUGAUCCUUAUGGUAUCAUGAUCUGGCGUGGCGACUAG